GUUCUUACCUGGAGUAAAGUCCGUCUGUCGGAGUGAAAACUAAACUGAAACUGAGUCUAGUUUAACUGUGACUCAUCACCCCGUGACACAUACACACGCGCUGCGGGCCUGCGUGUGCGUGUAUGUGCACAGGCCCGCAGUGUGUGAGCGCGCACGCACUGACAUGUCCCGAACAUGUCCGAGUCGCUCCUCGCCCAGAUUCCAGUAAUAUUCUGUCAACACUAAACGAUUGAUCCGCUUUAAGGGACCAGAACCGAUCGUCUGAUCCCUGAUGUCAUGACAUCUUGCGGCGUCGUGUCAGGAUGGCCGAGCGGUCUAAGGCGCUGCGUUCAGGUCGCAGUCUCCCCUGGAGGCGUGGGUUCGAAUCCCACUUCUGACAAAAUGUUUUCUUUGUCGGGAGGAUCAGAUAAUCAAUGACACGAUGAGGAGAAACCGACUAACUACUGGGGAUGUCGGUCUCUCAGGUGUCUCCUGGUCUGUUCCUCAGCGGUCUGGACUCGGCUCUGAACCCCAGCAUCCUCUCCAGCAGGAAUAUCACACUCAUAAUUAAUGCCAGCGGGCUGGAGGACGUGACCUACCCUCCGCUGGACGGCCUGCACGUCCUCCACGUCCCCAUCCAGGAUCAGCCUCACGCCCCCCUGAGACACUUCUUUGACCCAGUGGCUGAACGGAUCAAUCGGAACCAGACGGGAGGAACUCUGGUCCACUGCGCUGCCGGCAGGAGCCGAUCCCCCGCUCUGAUCAUGGCCUACCUGAUGAGGACUGAAGGUCUCAGCCUCCGUCGGGCUCAUGAAGUCGUUCUGGAGCAGCGGCCGUUCAUUCGACCCAACGCUGGUUUCUGGAGGCAGCUGAUGGACUACGAGAGGACUCUGUUCAGCAGGAACACAGUGAGGAUGGUGAGGACGUCCAGCGGAGUCCUGCCCGAGGCUCUGGAGGACACGAACGCAGCCACAACAUACUGUGUCAACAUUUGACCCGGUCCCAGUCCAUAAACCAGUUUCCACUCAGACAUUAAAGCUGCUGACAUCACUGGACAAACACUCCUGAGCACCAAUCAGGGUCUGACAACAUUUUAAAUAAAUUAUUUAAUUCUGCAGUUUCCUUAUUA